AUGGAUAUUUUUGAUAGAAAAACGAAGCUAUUACAACGAGAACGAGCAGCAUUAGCAACUGAUGCCGAUGUUUACGAUUACAUCAAAGAUGAAAUUGGUUUCAGAUUAUCAGAUAGAGUAUUUGAUGUUAAACGAAAGUUUAAAAAAGCUUUAGAUUUGGGUUGUGGUCGUGGACACUUAUCAAAACAUAUUUUAAAAGAAUCUGUAGAAGAGCUUAUAUUAGCAGAUUUCAGCCCUAGUUGGCUAAAACAAGCUAAAACAAAUGAAGGUAUAAAAGUUGAAAAAAAAGUACUUGAUGAAGAACAUUUUGUUUUAGAAUCAAAUAGCAUUGACUUUGUUGUUAGUUGUUUAAGCUUACAUUGGGUUAAUGACCUUCCUGGUAGUUUAAAGUGCAUAUUAAAUUGUUUAAAAAAAGAUGGAGUUUUUAUGGCUGCAAUAUUUGGAGGAGAUACUCUGUAUGAGCUGCGUGGAUCAAUGCAGUUAGGAGAAGUAGAAAGAGAUGGUGGAAUAGCACCACAUAUUUCCCCAUUUACUGAAAUCCGGGAUAUAGGUAGCCUAAUGACCCAAGCAGGAUUUACAAUGAUGACAAUAGAUACAGAUGAAUUAGUCAUUGGAUACCCAUCAAUGUUUGAGCUUCUAUGGGAUUUAAAAGGAAUGGGUGAAAGUAAUGCUGUUAAAAACAGAAAGUUACACAUGAAUAAAAAUACCUUAUUUGCUGCAUCAGCAAUUUAUGAUGAAUUAUAUGGUAAGGUUGAUAAAGUUGGAAAAAAAUAUAUACCUGCUACCUUUCAAAUAAUAUACAUGAUUGGAUGGAAACCUGAUGAAUCACAACCAAAAUCUCUAAGACCAGGAUCUGGGCAAAUAUCGCUUAAAGAUCUCAAUAGGAUUGAUGAAAUAAUAAAAGAAAAAACUAAGACAAAAUUAUCUAAAAAUGAAGAAUGAGUAGGUGUACUGUUGGACAACGAACUACAAAGUUGAACGAACGCCGUCUGCUGUGCUGUGUGUACGAA